AGCGAAGGUGCGCUACGAUAAAAAGUUUCUGUCCGUGGACGAUACGGGGUUCAGGUCACAUCACCUCACUUCACUAUGUUGAUAAGCCCAGAGCAGGAAGCCCUGAUUAGCAGAGUGUUUGAAGCCUAUCUGACAGAGCAUCAUCAUGGGGACAUUCUCCAGCUUAUUGCUGAUACUAAUGAAGAGACCCAUCAUCCUGUUGUUGUUAAUGCCAUGACAUUGUUUGAAGCCAAUAUGGAGGUUGGUGACUAUUUCAACGCCUAUCCCAACGAUGUCCUGGCUAUAUUUGAUAAAGUGUUACAUAGAAAAGCCACAGAGUUAUCAGAGAAUGCCUAUCCCAUCCACAAUGGAGGACAAAGAACAAAGGAGCACAGGAUGAGACACACUCCUCAUGCCCGCAUUACAGGUCUGCCAGUGUGUCCAGAGCUGACCAGAGACACCAUUCCCAGGUCCAGAGAUGUAGGGCACUUUUUGUCUGUCACUGGUACUGUCAUACGCACCAGUGUUACCAAGGUUCUGGAAUAUGAACGGGAUUACAUGUGCACCAAGUGUCGUCAUGUUUUCACGGUGCAGGCUGAUUUUGACCAGUUCUACACCUUUGUCAAACUGGUGGCUUGUCCAAAUCCUGAUGGCUGUAACUCCUACACAUUCACCUGUCUGUCUGAAGGAUCUGAACCUGCUGCCUGCAGGGACUACCAGGAAAUCAAGAUACAAGAACAAGCACAGAGGCUGUCAGUUGGCAGUAUUCCUCGUUCUAUGGUUGUGAUUCUGGAGGAUGACCUGGUUGACAGUUGUAAAUCUGGAGAUGAUGUGACUGUAUAUGGGGUGGUGUGCCAACGCUGGAAGCCCUUUUUUGAUGGCACUUGCUGUGAUGUGGAGCUGGUCCUCAAAGCUAACAACAUAGAAGUGAACAACCAGCAGGCUGCUGCUGCUCUGGUCAUGAAGGAUGUUCAGAAAGAGUUUGAGCAGUUCUGGAAUAGCUACAAACAUGAUCCCAUAGCUGGUAGGAACCAGGUUUUGUUGAGCCUGUGCCCACAGGUGUUUGGCAUGUAUUUGGUUAAACUGGCAGUGGCCAUGGUGCUGGCUGGCGGGGUGCAGAGAAUAGAUUGUUCUGGGACCAAGAUCAGAGGUGAGUGUCAUAUGUUGCUGGUUGGUGACCCUGGCACAGGGAAGUCUCAGUUCCUGAAAUAUGCAGCUAAGAUCAUGCCUCGCUCUGUACUCACAGCUGGAAUUGGAUCAACAAGUGCAGGACUGACAGUAGCAGCGGUGAAAGACGGAGGUGAUUGGCAUUUGGAGGCAGGAGCCCUGGUCCUGUCAGAUGGUGGUUUGUGCUGCAUUGAUGAAUUCAACAGCAUCAAGGAACAUGACCGCAUCAGCAUCCAUGAAGCUAUGGAGCAGCAAUCUAUCAGUGUGGCCAAAGCUGGUAUAGUGUGUAAGCUGAACACUCGAACCACCAUCCUGGCAGCCACCAACCCCAAAGGACAGUACGAUCCCAACGAGCCGUUGUCUGUGAAUGUAGCUCUGGCCAGCCCUUUGCUGAGUCGUUUUGACCUUGUUCUAGUUCUGAUGGACACCAGAAACACAGAGUGGGACCGCAUCAUCUCCUCUUUUAUUCUGGAGGACAGAGGGUUGUGUGUUGAGUCUUCCAGCCUGUGGUCGAUGGAGAAAAUGAAGGCUUAUUUCAGUGUGAUUAAACGCUUGCAGCCACAGGUGUCUGAGGAGGCUGGCAGCAUCCUGACACGUUACUACCAGCUGCAGAGACAGAGUGAUGGCCGCAACUCUGCCCGCACCACCAUCCGCAUGUUAGAGAGUCUGAGUAGACUGGCUGAAGCCCAUGCCAGGCUCAUGUACAGAGAGACUGUGACCAUAGAGGAUGCUGUCAUGGCUGUGUCUGUCAUGGAGUGCUCCAUGCAGGGCGGUGCACUGCUGGGAAAUGUAAAUGCAUUACUCACCUCAUUCCCUGCUAACCCCUGUCAGCAGUAUCAAACUCAGUGUCAGAUACUGCUAGAGGCACUGAACCUGCCACUGCUCCUUCAGAAGGAGAUGGACAGACUGGCCAGGCUAAAGAACAGGACCUCAGAGGCCUCCCCACCAACUGAUGGUUACCAGCAUCAACUCAGAGACACAAACUCCAUCAACAAAGCACACAGCUUUGAUAUUACCAGUGACUGCAACAGUGAUGGCUUGGACUGGUUCCACUCCAUCACUCCACCACUGCUGCCAGAUGAUGUGGCCUUGCCCAUAAUUACUUCAACUCAAGAAAACCUAAAUAGAAAACCAAACUCUAGUUCAUCAGAAAUGUCUGCAGGAACCGAACAGCCAAACUGUCAAACUGGGAGGGAUAUUCUGAGCAAUACUGACUUGAUCUUAAACAAUGAUGUCGUUUCAAAUCAUUUUGGAACAAUAACCUCUGCUUCAGAGGAAGAAAACCAAAGGAGUGAAAAAAAUGAAAACAUUAAAGGAAGAAGCUCUAUAACCCAAGAAGAGAUGAUGCACUCUGAGAGACAGAAAGAGAAACGUCAUCCAGAGUCAUUGGGAUGUGUCUUUCAGAAAGUCUCCAAGAGUCUGAGAGACAGAAGACUCAGGGAGCUGGAGCUGAAUCAUCAGCAGCGUGACAAAGAGGGAGGAGGCGGACGUGAAGAGAGGGUGGUGUCCGGAGAUGGUGCAAGUAAAAAUGUGACUACUUCAGAAUCCCACACUAGCAGCACAGUGUCAUCCAAUAAGAACUGCCUCUCAAAAAACCUAGGUCAGGAUAACCUGUGCUCUGGAAAACAAAGUCGAUUUGCAAAAGAAGACAAGAUUGAGAUUAAGAACAUUAGUGCUGCACAAAGGGAAAAAAUAACCACUGAAGCUGAAACAAGUAAAGAAUUGCAUGCAAAGUUGUCAGACUUUAUGUUCAAACCAAGGAAGAUGAGACCGAUCCACAACCACAACCUCAAUGCCAGCUCCGACAUCAGCACAGAGUUCCAGACUGGAUCUAACCCAGGCAGCAGAGGCCUUCACACCUGCACAGAAAACAGAAGUCAACACAAGCCAGUUAGUUGUAAUGACUCAGCUGGACCACUUACAGACACCAAGAAGAAGAAAAGACAGGACCAGUACCAAAGUUUUUCCGGCAGUGGAAGCAGGAGAAAACAGGUGAGCUGUGCCAGUGAGGUGGAAAACAGUAGGUCUGAAGCCAGUAUUUGUUUUACAUCAGAAGAGCUUGAUAAGGGUGCUUUUCCCUCUGGAGAGGAUGAAGUGACAUGCAGAAAAACUGUAGGUAUAAUGAAGGAGAGAGACUAUACAGAAAGUCUUUGUAAACAACAAAGAACCAGAGUCAACACGGGUGAUGAAACUAAAGUUAGUAGCUUUACUUGCAUCCCACCUUUAAAACCAAACACUUCCAUCACUGACCCAGCACCAUCCAAAUCAGGCUGCACCAAGUCCACUGUGGCCUCCUCAGCCUCGGCUAAACUCUCAAGAUUCUCGUUCACCUGCAGAACUGAACCCAUGAGCACAGCUCAAACAAAAGAGGAAAAAAAUCCUCCUACUGGAGUGGAAAAAAGUCCACUUAAAAGAGACCACGCUGAAUGCCUGAGAGGGAAUUCUAAAGACAACGAACCUGUAAAUUCCCCUGACCACAGCCUCUUAGGAAAGAAGACCAAAACUGAAGUCAUCAUGGGCAAAGUAAAGGACAAAUUACAUCACCCCACAGCCACAGAGUUCACACCAGGGCAGAAACAUGAACAAGGGACAGAGUCACCAACCAAAGCAAUGUCUGAGUGCAAGGGAAAUGUGACAAAGCCUAUUUAUACUGCAAACCUUAACAGUGUUAAAAUGGUGAAUGCUGGUCCUGUUCACUAUCAAAACACUGUCAGUCAGAAGAAAAGAAAGUGUUUCGAGCUGCGCCCUCCACCAACUAGUGUUGGUGUUUCCAAGGGUCCAUUUUCAGGACUGUCUCUGUUUGGCUCUGUUGACUUGAGUAAUGAUGUUCUUGACACUGACUGGGACCAAGAGGUUUCAAAGAAAGCUAAAAUCUGAAAUCAUAGGCAAGUCUCAACUAUGUGUAUGUGAAUAAAUAAAGUAUUUUACAUCACAUUUUUCUGUGGGGCAUGUGCCUGAUGUAUGACUUUAGCUACCUUCUGUAGCCUGAGAAUAAAUGUUAAAUCAUUGGAGAAUUUAAUGCCUGAUUCGACUGUGGAUCUCAGUUACAGCAGCUAGAGUCCAGACAAAUUAAUUAGCUGCAUGAUGGUGAGUUUGGUGAGUUUUGGCUGGUUUAGUUGCAAAUAUUAAACCUAAACAAAUAAGACCAUCAGCUAUUAUAUCUAAUAUUUUCCCCAACAUCAGUCGUCUUCGUGUUUCUUGUGGUUUAAUAAAAAUGCUGGUGAUUUGCAUGACAUUAGCUCAGUUAAACGAUUUGAUUUCCAGCACAUACAUCAUUUCACUUUUGAUAUACAGUGUACCUGAUCUGAAUGCGUGAUAUCUCUUGUGGGAUGUUCUCAGUUGUGUAGGUGUACCGUAGGUGUCGUGUCACACAAUGUCUGUUCUGUGAGUUCUGUAUGCCCUACAGACAUCAUCUCCUGCUCCUGCUGAAUUAAUGCUAAAGUUAAAAGGUGUUUUUCCACUUUAACUUUUAGUUUUGUCAGGCUCUAUAAGGCCUGAUACUCCAUUUAUCUAUGUCGCUCAGCAGCU